CCGGCGGGCGACGCGGGGCCGGCAGUAAACCGCCCGGCGCCAACAUGGCGGUCGAUAAGGACCUGCUGGAGUUGGAUCUGUACGGCCUGCUGGGGGUCAGCGAGAAAGCCUCGGAGAAGGAGGUGAAGACGGCGUACCGGCAGAAGGCCCUGAGCUGCCACCCCGAUAAGAACCCGGACAAUCCCAGAGCAGCGGAAGUUUUCCACCAGCUGUCCCAGGCCCUCGCCGUGCUCACAGAUGCAGCAGCCAGGGCAGCGUAUGACAGAGUGAGGAAGGCGAAGAAACAGGCAGCAGAAAGGACACAGAAACUCGAUGAGAAGAGAAAGAAAGUAAAGCUUGAUCUUGAAGCCAGAGAACGAGAAGCCCAGACCCGUGAGAGUGAAGAGGAGGACAUCAGGAUAACAAGAUCAUUAGAGCAAGAAAUAAUCCGCCUGCGUGAGGAGGGCUCCCGGCAGCUGGAGGAGCAGCAGAAGCUCAUUCGAGAGCAGAUCCGACGGGAAAGAGAGCAGCACAUCCAAGGCAGACAAGAAAGAAACGGAGCAGAAGGGAAAAUAACUCCCAAACUCAAGCUAAAAUGGAAAUGCAGCAAAGAAGAUGAGACCAGAGGCGGAUAUUCCAAAGAUGUUCUGUUGCGCAUCCUACAAAAGUACGGUGACGUGCUCAAUUUGUUGAUCUCGAGCAGGAGGACUGGGAGUGCAGUGGUGGAAUUUGCUACGGUUAAGGCUGCUGAGAUGGCUGUGAAGAAUGAAGUUGGGCUGACAAAUAAUCCUCUAAAGAUUUCCUGGCUGGAGGGCCAGCCCCAGAGCAGUCCCAGCACCGUCCUCUCCGACAGCACCGCUCAGCCUAGGACUUCCCAGGGCCUUUUGCCUGAGUGGCAGCGCGGUGAGAGCACAAGGUGUUCGGAUGGCUGGUUCUUCACACAGUUUGACCCCCUCUUCCAAGUGAAAAACAAGGAUGUUCCUUGCUCAGUUCAAAGCCUCUAAUGCCAUUAUUCUGGAUUUUUUUCUAAUAUACUAGUAAGAUGCAAUAUACUUUGACUGUGGGAAUCCUCUGGUUGAAACGGGUCUCCUAGAAGGCUGCCUUAGAGAGGCUUGGUUCACAAGAGGGUGAAAUGUUAGUGCUAAAAGGAUACCUAGAUUCUUAGGGGCUGCAGGAGGGAAGAGAAAGCAAUAAUAAAUUAAAUAUCCUGCUAGAGACCUCAUUGUCUGAUUUGGGUCCUCUUUCCCAGUGCAGUUACUUUGAGUGCAAGCUCUUUCUUCACUCUUAGCUGUUUCCUGCUUGUUUCACCAGAUCAUUGCUCUGAAGCUGUUGCUCUUGUAGGACAAACGUAUCCCAAUCCCAAACCAAGGGGAAGGCAGUAACAUCUAAUGCAGGUUGUUAGCUCUCUAUUACCCCUUGCUCCUGUCGGUCCCCUGCAGUGGCAGACACGUCCACUUCUUUGGAAGCGUGGUACGUUGCACUUUGCUCUGUGGCCCAGGAUUUAUCUCAUGCUCUGCGUGUCUUCUGGUCUAGUGAGUAAUUUCUUGGCUAUGAAGGUGUGAAGGGACACACACAGAUCCUUCACGGGUUACUUGGGUUCCAGUUCAAACUUCACGCAACGCUUAUUCCCUUUUCCCCCUUCCCUCUGGUAUAAAGAUCAAAAAGCUCUAAUUGCUGGGGAGGCUCCUGCCCUGUGCUCUGUGGGUGCCCUUCGUCUGUGUGUCUGUGUCUCCAUCCGCCUGGUGGGUCCUGAGCAGCCUGUGAGAUUGUUCAGUACAUUCUCUCCUGGGGGGAAAAAGCAGAAUCUUACCCAGUUUGAGUAUCUCUCUAACAGAGUGAGAACUGGCUGGUUCAGACCUGAGGGGGUUGUUGGUGCAGUUGGAGCUUGGUAGUGGAUUCUUGCCUCUCUGGGUUCAAAAGCCCUGGCUUUUGGCUGAGUUUGGCUUGGCUGGUUAGUGUGGAGCUGCAGUGCCCUCCUGCUGGAAGGAUUAGCUGUGGAGCAGGAGGGAGAGCGGCUGAAGCAGCGGCUGGUGUUGGUGCUGAGCGGAGGCAGUGACUCACUCCUGCCCAACGCAGCUCAGUCAGUCCCUCAUUAGCUCACAAGAUCACCAGUUAUGGCCAGGGACUUGCCUCCUUUCCCACAAAUUGCCCCGCUGAUGCUUGUCUGUCCUUUCUACUGCUUUCAUGUGUAAGCACCGCAGACUCUCUGAUUGCAUUGCAGUCUUGCUGUCCAGGCUAAGAUCUCUAGGCUGCUUUGGUUCCUGCUUUUCCUAGUUCCUACUCCAGACCCUCCCCAAAUUGUUUUAUUGCUUCCACUAGGUUGCUUCCAAAAUUGGUACUGUGGUAGCAGCUUCUCUCAGCUCUACUGCUUCCAGCUGACUUACUCUUUGUCCUCAGCUCUUCAACUCAAGAAUGUGCAAAGUGAGCUCUUGCAGAUCUCUUUUGCCACUGCCUCAACCUGCUCCCUGCUCUGUCCUUCCAUGCCCUCCUUGGCUUCCCAGCCAUCAGGGUCCACACACUUGCUCUCAAGCUGCACUUAAUCUCACCCUGAUUUAAGCUGCCCUCGCUUCCUAUUUGCUGCUCCCUCUGGGUUGCUCCUAUUUUUGUCUGAAUCCGCCCCCACCUUUGCUCCCACUCUGCGACUGCAGCUUUGGAAAACAGCCCCAAACCCGGAGCGUUCUCAUGGCAACACUCUCACUGCCUCUCUGCUCCAGAGCCCUGUCUGCUCCCUUCCCUGCCUGGGUACUGGGAGCUCUGCACCAGCCUCUUCCAGUAAAGGACAGCCACGCACCACCCAGACCAGAGGAGCUCUGGAAGCAGGUGAAAGCAUGGCUGGUUGUUGGAAAAACCUUCCUGUGAGGAGGCAGUAGGUUGCAAGACACUCGUCUCUGCUGUCUUGGUUGGCUCAUUUUCUCCUAGAGCCACAGGUGCGUGUUGUCCAGCAGUUCCUGGAGAGCUGCCGGAGCCAAACGGGCGAGUUAUGCCUGAAUGACAGAGGCUGUGGAGUGGCCAGCACUGCUCGGGGCUAUUUGAGAGCAAUGACUGUGUGAUUGCUGUGUUGUGUGUGGCUCAGAGCACACCAGGGCUGCACACUGCCAUAAGAGUGUAUUGUACCACGGCAGCAGCGUGAAGCUCUUCUGCGAGGGUCUCCCUCACACCUUCAGCAGUGGGAUCUCCCUGCCAGGGCUCCUCAGGCACCUUGGGCCAUUCAUCCAGCCAUGGGAAAGUGCUGAGCAAAGCCUUCUGUCUGGCACUCUGGCAUCUUUUCUAAGCUCCUUUGAGAUGUUCAUAGAGUUUGUUUUAUAUUAUCCGCCUUUACAGCCUGGUGUGAGUCUGGCAGGUUAAGAGCUGUCUGUGCCUCCUCUGCAGUGUCUCUGUGCUUUGCUGUAGGAGGCUUCCAAAGCUUAGGGUUAUCUAGGCACACAGAGGGUUUACUGUUUUAAAACAGAGCCCUAGUAUCUAAUGUAGCUAUAAAAAAGGCAAGAAAUGGUGAGUUUCUGCAGUGUGCUUUUAAUAGUUUUCCCUGAUCCUGCCUGAAACGCCCUGGGCCUGGCAGAGCGGUCCCAUUGUCCAGCUCUGGGGGUAAAAAUCUCUCCUCCCCACGCUGGGUCUUGGCCUGAGCUCUGUGCCCUCUCCUCGGGGGAAGGUGAAGUCCCAGCAGCUCUGGCCUCCUCCCAGCCCAGAAGAGCAGCCACGCUGCUCCCCCACCCUCGCAAACACCCAAAGUGCCACAGUGGAUC